UACGGCGAGCGCUUCUGCCUUCUCCCACACCAUCUGGUUGUCUUCAAGGACACAAUAACCACACGGCAAGAUGUGCAAAGGAUUAGCAGCCUUACCGCACACAUGUCUGGAGAGAGCCAAAGAGAUCAAGACAAAAUUAGGCACACUCCUCCAGAAGCCAGACUCGGCUAUUGACCUGAUUAUCCCUUAUCCAGAGAAGCCGGUAAAGGUUCAAAAGCCUUCCCCAGAAGAAGUUUGGCAGUGGCGCAAUUCCUUGGAAAAGCUCCUUCAAAACCCUUGUGAAUAUUGACUAUUUCACCAAGUCAGUGGUCAUGAAGAACCUGGUGGAACCAUCUGUAAGCACUUUUGACCUGGCCCAGAAGAGAAUCUUCAUGCUGAUGGAGAAGGAUUCCCUGCCCAGAUUUGUGCGAUCCGAUUUAUAUGAAGAGUUAGUAAAGUAGCAAUGUGGCAAGCUGUCCAAGGCACUGGUACACCAGCACAGGGUCAUUGCUUCCUCCCCUCACUAGUAAUCAACAUGUGUUAUUUAUAUGGAUAGUUGCUUUGCUUUGUAUUUAUUCCAGGCUUUGAAAACUCAAAGUCUGUGUUGUUAAACAUAGCAACCAUGCUAUACUGUUUUGGUCUUUAUUUAACCUCCUUACCCUCCUUUUUAUCUCUGCUACUCAACGUUGCUGGCAUAAAAUUGGCUUAGAUUAUACCAACCAAAAAUAUGACACCAAUUAUUUAUCUGCAAAAAACCAAAUUGUAUGACCUUCUGUCUGCUUUGAUAUCAAGUUUGUAGACUCAAGGACAAACCAGAUUUUAGAAUCUUAGGGAUAUACCAUCUGUCCUAAAAAGAAUUCUGACUUGGGUAGACUAAAAGCAUUGUUCAGUUAGCAAGUUAGUAAUCAGAUACACGACAUACACAUAGUUUUCAAUCCAGGUGACAAAUAUAUGUUAUUGCCACUGAUAAGCAAUCACAGGUUAACCAGUAACUUCACAGUGUCAGAGACAAAACAAAGGAGAAAGCAACAUGUAUUAAAGAAGGAAACAUCAAGCCUCCAUGUGUAACAUCACUCAUAGCUAUGGAAAAGAUAGAAAACAGCACGACUUAGUCAAGGGAAUACAAAACAAAAAUACAGCCAUAAAAAUAAUGUUGUUUGCUUGUUAUAUCCUCUCAGUGAACUGUGUUUCAUAUUACUAUCAGAAAUAAUUCUCUCACAAGAUUUUAACUCAACAAUUUAACAGGUAAGCAUCUCAUUUGACUGCAUCCAUUUCUGAUAACAGAAAUAUCAGCAUUUGCUACAUAAAUUAAGGAAAUAUUUAACAACAUAUCCCUCAAAUGAAACCGAGUUACCUUAAUAUGAGAAUCCUUGGAUUAUAUUUGCAGUUUCUGGCAAGAAAGUGAUGAUUUGGGGAUUAUGAAAAAAAAAACACCUAAAGUUAAGGAUAUGCGAAAGAGCAAUUAUAUUUUACUGGAAUUAAAUAAUCAACUGAUCAGAAUUAAGCGGUUGAUCAAAAUCCUGGGCUGAUUUGUUACUAAAAGAGCAGCUUGAUAAAAAAUCAGAAAUUGAUAGGAUACCCUUACAACUAGCAGACAGUAGACAUCCUACAAUAAUGAAACAGUUACAAUAUUCAUUUUUAAAUAAAAAGUCUCUUCACAGAAGCUGAAGAAUGUUGAUUUGGACAAUUUGUCACCCAUCAAACUAAAUGCAUUCCACUAAAAUUUGUCCACUACUUCAUUAAAUCUUCUAUUUUUGUAAAUGUAAUCAGUCAAUAAAACCAGAUUCCUAUGAAAUAAACACAGUUUAGGGGAUUUCAGGUUGUGAAAGUUCUAUCGAUUAUUAAAUAGAGAAUAUUCAUCUUGGAAUAGCAGUGAUGGAUUCAGAAUCCAUUCUGCAAUGCUAAGGAUGUGAGAUAAAUUCAAACCCUGGGCUAAAUGGCUAUUACUAAAAUAUUUAGGGAAGGGUUAAGACUGAGAAUAAAUCAGCGUAGCUGCCAAAACAGUAUGACUUGUUUAACAACCCAGACCUUCACCUCUCUUAUCUAUUUCUUUUCAGUAUUAAAUUUAUAAGUGUUAUAUUUUUAUAACGGCCCUGCACAAAUUCCAGUGCCUAUGCACAGCUUUAAAUAACCUCCC